CCUUAUGACGCAGUUAUUCCGAAACCAAAUGGUAGCUACAGCCACUUUGGCACUGGUCCUAUAUGGCAUUCGUGGAUGUCCAAAAAGCUUAACUUUACUUAUUCCUACCGAUAUGCGAUUCUGAACAAAACGAUGGUUGAGAAAUAUGGCGAGUCGUGCAUCGAUUUUUGUCUUCGUCUAGUGGAAGAUAAUGAAGUUGAUGCGUGCACCACAGGGAUAAUCGCUACCCCGGAAAGAAAAAAGAAUUUGGAUUUUUCUUAUUUCAUUUGGACAGAACGGUACUCCAUGAUUGUACCUACGCCCGAGGAAGAGCCGCGACUCUUUGCUUUCGUUCGGCCAUUUCAGCCAACUGUAAUAGAAAAAAUAUUUUAAAAAAUGAAUGUUAUUAUUUCAUUUGGCAAAUUUGUUGACACAGGUCUGGCUGCUCCUUUUUAUAACCAUAAUCGCGGUGGUGAUCGCAAUGAGCCUUUUUUCGAAAAUCUCAUUAAUCUCCAUCAAGAAAAAUAAUUCCAGAGAUCAACUGAAGUCGAAAUUCAUUAAGAAAUCGAUGACAUUGACCAACUAUGCCAGUUAUUACUUGGUGUAUGUUUUGAACAUCAUAACAAACCAAGGUGGUAACGUUGCUGUGGCCCACUUCUCAUUCCGGAUCCUUGUGGGAGUAUGGAUUCUGAUUGCCACAGUAUUAGUCAAUAGUUAUUCUGGAACUGUCGUCUCAUACCUUACCGUCCCUAAGAUGAAACCGCACAUCAACACAUUUGAAGAUUUGGCCGAUAGCAAAGAUGUCGGAAUUCUUAUUAAGGAAGAUGUUGUCAUUGGUCUCCAGAUCCUAGGAGCCAAAUCAGGAGUUUUAAAAACUUUAGCAGACCAAGCCAGGCGCAAUCCAGCAGAUCGCAUUCUAAAGGAUCAAUCAGAGAUCGACGUUCGUUUAGCAACCGGGCGUUACGCUUAUGCUUUUGUAAGCGUUUCUGUUAAUUUGAUCAAGAUAGCUUUUGAAAUCAAAACACAUUUGUCUUAUAGUUACAAACGUACUGCAAAUUUUUCGUCGCUAACCAACUUAAAAAAGAUGGCAUCUGCCGAUUCAAAGUGACGGAUCCUCUAUCAUUUCAAGCUGGAUUCUGGGUAGUUUUUCUUCAAAAGGACAGCAAAAUCACGGCGAAAAUGAA